AUGGUUUCAUAUAGAUCAAGAUUGUUUAGAAGUUUUCCUGCUAUAGAAUUACAGUAAAAAACUAUGUAUAUUAGGUAAAAGGUUUAAUAAGUUGUUAAUUAACCUAUACUUGACUGAUAAGCCCUGUUAAACUUGAUUUAUAAUAGUAUAUUCUAAUUUAAUUUAGAACUUUUUGCAAUGGAAGUAACAGUAUCAUUAUCUAACAAAGAAAAAGUCAACUCUUAUUGAAAGAUAUGGCAAGAUAUGAAAUUUAAGAGGUCAGGAAUGACCAUAAGUUUAUGUAGUCAAUAUUUAAAGAAUGAAAGAAAAUAAGUUCAAAAAACAAUCAAGACAGGAAGAAUGCUUUAUUUAUGAGCCUGAAGAAAAAGAAAAUAAUUUUCAAAAUUAUUAAAUCCUGCAACUUAAUGCAAUCAUCUAAAAUAUUUAGUAAGAUUUUAUGACAAUAAUAAUUGAAAAUAAGAACUUCAAAAUAAUUAUGAAAACAAUAAGAAUAAUUCAAAACCAUAAAUAGAAAUCUAUGAUGAACGUUGAAAAUAUUAUGAAGGUGAAAGACUUUUCAAAUCCUAAUUCCCAGUCUCGAUUUAAGUUUUCUGAUAUUUACUCUUUAUAAUAAUCUUUUAUCGAAAAACAGCAAAAUUCUUUAUUAUCUUUUAUUUAUUCACCAAUAAAAAUUUGUCUAAUUAUACUUAAACAUGAAUACAAUCUUUAGAGUAACAAAAAAAUAGCAAAAGAAUUUAUCAAAAUAAAUCAUUGA